UUCAUAUCACUCUUGUACUGAGUCAGUUACGAGCAAACAACUUAACUGAACAGGCGUAACAGGCGUAACUAGCGUGACCAUUUUUUUUAUACUGAAAAGUACUUAUUUGAACGUUUUUCAACAUUGACAAUAAUCAAGGGGAUGAAAGAUAUUAUACUGUGUUUUUUGUUCAUGAGUGUAAUCCAGUGCAAUAUGAUAUCAAUUUACGACUCUUCAAUACCGAAAAGCCCGGCUCAUCACAUCGACGCUCGGAAGCUGCUAGAGUUGUGUUUUCUGAACGAAAUGAAUCCAGUGGUGAUUUCUGCGGAGCUGAUGAACUUGAUGUACGAGAUUCAAAAAAAUGAAAUUAUCAAUUCGUCGAUUCUUGUCAUUGACAACGAUUUCAGUUCAAAUGUUAUGAAACAGUACUACACACGACAUCCUAGUUAUCUGAUAACGGCUGAUUCAAUGGACAGACUGCAGGAUACCCUUAGGAAAAUGAAAUCAUCAACCAUUUGGAACCCAGCGUCAGUAAUUGUUGCUGUUGGAAAAGAUUGUGUUAGAGCAUCGGAAAUUCUUCAGGCGAUCUGGAAGAUUGAGGCUUUGAAAUCUUAUUACGAUUGUCAGUGUGGGUCGAUGAGUGAAAGCCUCGUCUAUACCUUCAACCCUUUCACGCAAAGGGCGCCAAAACAGUGGGAACAGGUAGAAACAGAGGAUCAACCAAAUGACAAAUGGACGCUUUAUCGGCAACACCUUAAAAAUGACCAACGCACCUGUUCCAGUUUGACAUUCGACAAAACUCGUUCUUUGGAUGGAUAUCCUCUGAAUGGUUAUAAGUUUGGCCUCACCGAUAAAGUUUUCGAAGGUAAAGUUUCACCCGAGGCGUUUUUCGAAGAAGAAGCAACUCAACAUUUUAUUUACAACGGACUUUUUACGGCUCUAAAUGUUACACCGAUUAUUUAUUUAAAAAAUGUAAAUCAUGCUGAUUUCGUGCGAGAAUUCAAUUUACUAAAAAAUGGUACGUACGAUAUGAAGUUAGAAAUCAUAGAGGACCUGGAUGACGAAGGUUUUAAACUCUUAGGUAUCAUUCCUAUUUAUACUCAAGGUAGUUUCAUGAUAGUAACAAAAAAACAAAGUACGAUUUCAGCUUUCACUAAAGUGACAAGCAAUUCCUUUGCUUAUGAAACUUUAUCACUAUCAACAUUAUUUUUAUUUUUUAUAUUCGUAAUUAUUCUGCUAAACUCUUGGUACCAUUUUGCAGCAGCACUAAUAGAUCUUUGGCUACUUAUUCUUGGCAUGGAGAUAUUAACUCCCAUGAAUCGGUUAUUGACACGGGUUACUUUUUUGAGCGCAACGUUAUUUGUUUUUGUUGUCGGCCCGGAACUUCAGAGUCAGUUUACAUCAGUGAUGACCAUUCCGAGCGUAGAAAAAAAUAUUGACACUUUAGAUGAAUUGCACAAUAAUCGUUAUAAUGUGCAUUAUUUCGAUUACCUUACGGAAAACUUGAAACAUGUAAAAAUUUGGGAAAAUGGGACACGUAAUAAGUACUUACAUGUCAUACCUGAUUUUGAAUCCUGCAGUAAAAAUCUUCAUAAGGAUUCAGCUGCUUGCAUAUUACCUGACUAUCUGCUCAAAAAUAUUAAGAUUGAUGAUCUUCAUAUAUCGAAAGAAUCUUUAUUUAAAAGCGAUCAUAGGCUGACAACUCGGAAAAAUUUUCCGCUAAAAGACAAAAUCGAUAAAACUGCGUUGAAUUUUGUUGAGGCUGGUUUUUUAAACUAUUUUGAGAGAAAAAAUCGAUUGAAGCGCCAGUUAAAGACGCAAAAACGAAUUGAUAGAAUUGAGGCUCAUGAACAAUGCGAAUUUUUAGAUUUAACUGACUUUUCAUCUUUUUUGUGGUGUUUCACGAUCGUUGUACUCGUUGCACUUUUCGUCUUGUUGGUCGAAUUAGUAUGUAGAGUCAGAAAGAAUAGAGGAAGCGCUUGCAAAAAUUGAAAAAGAUAAAACAGAGAGUUUGUCAGAGAAUUACGACCCUCUUGAGACAAAUAACAACGCAUUGCCGCAAUAGUAAUAUUACAUUUACACAGGUAUGAUUUAUCUUGAGAUUAUUUCCGAUGACAUCAUGGAAAAUAUAGGUAGAUCUUAGAUCUGAUAAUAACACGGAAAAAGAAAUAUUGUUAAAAUGACUAUCCAACGUAUCCUCAAACGACGUUUUCUUAAAAUAACAAUCCGGAUUUCUGAUUUAAGGAUUCAUUUGUUUGAUUUAAACAUACAGAGAAUAGCUUUUGUAAAUAUAUGUAGUUUCGUCAAAACAGACAAAUGUUUUGUUAACCCGAAGGAUCUGCAUAGUUGAGUUAACUAAAUGUUAUGCCUAAAAUAAUGAUACGGAUCGUCAUUUUUAUGAUCCGCCGUAUAGCUGAAUUGGCUAUACAGUGUAUUUCUAAAAAAAAAAUGACUAUACGGCGUCAGAAUAACGAUACGUAUCCUUAUUCUAACAAUAUUUUUUUCUCCGUGAAGGAUUAUUUCCUACAUAAUCGAUGAAAAAUAUCGUAAGAUCUAAAUAACUUUAAUAAAAUAAUUCCGUGUGUAUCAUAUCUGAGCAAACUAGAAUCAUCUUAAAACAAGACUUCUCUUUCAGUCACUUUUAACUAUAUUAACUUGUAUGUUGCGUGAGUAGUUUAUUUUUUACACACAUAUGUAUUAUCGAUUGGCGAGUAGCGUGUUUGACUAAUUUAUCGCGUCACUAAAUGAUACUUAAAAUUUAUCUGUCUCAAUUCUAUAAAAACAUUCUUCUGUAUUUUUGCAAUAAACAAUACAAAGAUCACACGACGUUGCGUGCAAGUAGUAUAAAUCAAUAGUUGGCUUUGACCGGUAGCCGGCUGUAACUUGAUCAGGUUUUUUGUGGUUUUCCGAAGCAAAUAACAUAAAACUGUUCAUUAAAACAAAUGUGAGACAAUAAUUUUUAUUGUAUUUAAAUGAUUUUUAUUUUUUUCAUUUAUUCGACGUUAUUUCUUCAGAUUAUUGAUAUUGAUUGUAAAAACAAAAAUAAAUAUUUUUUAAUAUCCUUCUUUAA